AUUAAAAUGUUCAACAAAUAGUUAAAAAAUCCUAAGUUUAUACAUGUCAUGUAUUCAUUUUCGAUAUAAAGUGAUAUAUUAUUAAUUUGUUAUUUAUGAUAAUACUAGCAUUGACUUAAACAUGGUUUGAAUUUUUCGUAUAUUUAUGGAACACUGAAGCGUAUAUUAUUCUAUACUUAAAUUUCCACUUACAUGCAAUUUGGUUGAAUAUGGACUCUGGUAUUAAAUCCAAACGGCCUCCACAUCCUAGGGCCAAUGCAAAUAUUCUAGAAAUCAUCACUUUUGGAUGGAUUUACAAACUUUUUAAAACUGGAAAUAAAAGAGAUUUAGAAGUAAAUGAUUUGUAUACAACACUAAAUGAUCACUUGUCAUCGGCAUUAGGCAGUGAAUUAGAAGAAAAAUGGAAAAAUGAGUUAGCUAAUGCUAAAAAAACGAAUCGAUCGCCAAGUUUAACAAAAGCUUUGAUCAAAAUGUUUGGAGUUAAAUUUAUGUUAUUUGGAUCACUACAUUUAAUCAUCGAAAUUGUAUUAAAAAUCUCUCAACCAUUACUCAUCGGUGGACUGUUAUCAUACUUUAACCCUAAUAUUUCGAACAACGCGCAUAACAUAAACUACGCAUACAUGUAUGCGAUAUUGUUGACAUUAAACAUGCUAGUUUCAUUGGUGUUGUAUCAUGCAACACAAAUAGAAAUUUUUCAUUGCGGAAUGAAAAUGCGUAUUGCCUGCUGUUCAAUUAUAUUUCAAAAGGCAUUGCGAUUAAGUAAUACGGCUCUUGGUGAAACUACUGUUGGCCAAGUAGUAAAUUUAUUAUCAAAUGAUGUAUAUCGCUUUGAUAAUGUAGUAAUAUUUCUCAACUACUUAUGGUUGGGUCCUAUACAAACAGUAUUUGUCACAUAUUUUUUGUGGCAAGAAAUUGGAGUGUCAUCAAUAAUUGGAGUAGCAAUAUUACUUUUAGCCAUUCCAUUACAAGGUUGGAUCGGAAAAAAAAUUUCUGAAUAUCGAUUAAAUACUGCAAUUAAAACUGACGAGAGAAUACGUUUAAUGAAUGAAAUAGUCUCAGGAAUUCAAGUCAUUAAAAUGUACACUUGGGAAAAACCUUUCGCAACUUUUGUAGAAUAUGCUAGAAGGAAUGAAAUAAGUGAGAUUAAAGGAUCGUCUAUCUGCAGAGCAGUAAUGCUAUCAUUUAGUGGUUUUCAUGCAAGGGUUGCAUUAGUAUUUAGUAUAAUAUCAUUUGUGUUACUUGGAAACUAUAUAUCUGCCGAACAAGUAUUUGUUAUAACAUCGUAUUUUAAUUUAUUGCGGUUGUCAAUGACAAAUUUUUUUCCACAAGGUAUUGCAAUUUUAGCGGAAUUGUUCAUAUCCAUUAACCGACUUCAGGCAUUUUUAUUGUACGAAGAAAAAAAAAGUCAAACAGUUUUUCUCUCAAAAUCUGAUAAAACAAAUUCUAAUAGUAACAGUGACAUCAAAUAUAAUAAUGACGAUUUAACACAAAUUUAUAAAAGAUAUGAAAAUGAAACGACUCAAUUUAAUAACAUUGGAAUUGUUGUAAACAAUGCCACAGCUAAGUGGUCAGAUUCUCAAACUGAAAACUCUCUAGAAAAUAUCAAUCUAACUGUAAUACCUGGUCGAUUAGUUGGAGUGAUUGGUCCUGUAGGAGCAGGAAAAAGUUCAUUGUUACAAGCUAUCUUACAAGAAUUACCACUAUCCGAAGGAAAAAUUACAGUUAACGGUGUUGUUUCUUACGCAUCACAGGAACCAUGGUUAUUUGCUGGAUCUGUACAACAAAAUAUUCUGUUCGGUUCAACAAUGGAUGAAGAGCGUUACAAAAAAGUUAUACAAGUUUGUGCAUUAAUUACCGACUUGAAGCAGUUGCCAUAUGGUGAUAAAACAAUUGUUGGUGAGAGAGGAGUGUCUCUCAGUGGCGGACAAAGGGCAAGAAUAAAUUUGGCUCGAUCUGUAUACAAAAAAGCAGAUAUUUAUUUAUUGGAUGAUCCUCUAUCAGCUGUGGAUACUCAUGUUGCCAGGCAUUUAUUUAAAAAAUGUAUUAAAGGAUACCUUAGAGAUAAAACUUGUAUUCUUAUUACCCAUCAAACUCAAUACUUGAGUAACGUGGAUCAAAUUAUCCUAAUGAAAAAAGGAAAUAUAUUAUCCGAGGGAUCAUAUGACGAACUUCAAAAGUCUAAUUUAGACUUUACAAAAAUGCUUAGAUCACCAGAUGCACCCCAUAAUGGAAAUAUUAAAAACAAUACAAUUCCUAAAAAUCACCAUGUAGUUUAUAAAAGACAAGUGUCCGUACAAAGUUUUGCUUCUUCAAUUGAAGAUAACCAACCCAAUGAAUUUGAAGAUCAAAUUGUCGAAUCAUCGGAAAAUCGAAUUUCUGGAAAAGUUUCAAAUAGUGUUUAUUUGUCGUAUUUUUUUGCUGGUGGAAGUGGUCUUAAAAUAUUAUUUUUCUUUAUCAUAUGUAUUUUCACUCAAGUACUGGUAUCAGGUGGAGAUUUUUGGAUAGCAUAUUGGGUUAAUCUAGAAGAACAUAUUUUUCAUAAAAUGAAAACUAUUACUUCAUACAAUACUAAAACAACUAGUGAUCAAUCUACGACAUUAUUGUGGUGGUCGAUUUCUCGAGAGACCUGUUUUAUUGUAUUUAUCAUUUUAAUUUUUUUGAUGGUGGUCGGGAUUAUCAUCUGUUUAAUUACAUCUGUAUCAGUUUGUUUGAAAUCUUCAAUGAUAUUACAUAAUAACAUGUUUAGUGCUAUCAUAAGAGCUACAAUAUAUUUUUUUAACACAAAUUCAUCAGGGCGUAUUCUUAACCGAUUUUCAAAAGACAUGGGAGCUAUUGAUGAUAUAUUACAUAAAAUGUUAAUGGACUGUAUACUUCUUGGAUUAGUACUAAUAUCAAUUGUGAUUGUUAUUGGAGUUAUAAAUGUUUACAUUAUGAUACCUACUUUUAUCAUUUUAUUAAUAUUUUAUGAAUUUCGAGUAUUUUAUUUGUCAACUUCCCGCAGUAUCAAACGAUUGGAAGGCGUUACAAGAAGUCCCGUAUUUGCCCAUUUAAAUGCAUCGCUUCAAGGUUUAACCACGAUAAGAGCAUAUGGAGCAGAAAAAAUUUUAUCUGAUGAAUUUGACAACCAUCAAGACCUACAUUCUUCGGCUUGGUAUUUAUUUAUUUCAUCAAGUAGAGCAUUUGGAUUAUGGUUGGACAUAGUAUGUUUUAUCUAUAUAGCCAUUGUGACGUUUAGCUUCUUGGUAGUAGGAAAUACCACAUAUGGAGGAAAUGUUGGUCUGGCUAUUACACAAGCAAUUAGUCUAGCCGGAAUGUUCCAAUGGGGAAUGAGACAAUCAGCUGAAUUAGAGAACCAGAUGACUUCAGUUGAAGUAGUGCUUGAAUAUACAAAUGCUCCACAAGAAGAUGCUCUUGAAUCAUCACCUGAAAGAAAACCACCUACGGAAUGGCCAAUGAAUGGGAAGAUUACUUUCGAAAAAUUUUUUCUUCGAUAUAGCACAGAUAGUCAAUUUGUAAUCAAAAACCUUAAUAUAAAUAUUGAACCGAUGGAAAAAGUUGGAAUCGUAGGAAGAACUGGUGCUGGAAAGUCAUCAUUAAUUGCAGCGUUAUUUAGAUUAGCUAUUAAUGAAGGCAAUAUCAUCAUCGACGAUAUAGAAAUACACGAUUUAGGACUUCACGAGUUGCGUUCUAAACUUUCUAUCAUUCCACAAGAACCUUUUUUAUUUUCGGGAACAAUGCGAAUUAAUUUAGAUCCGUUUAAUGAAUAUCCAGAUCAUGUUCUUUGGAAUGCUUUAGACGAAGUGGAACUCAAGUCUAUCAUUGAGGAUUUACCCAAUGGUCUGAAUUCAAAAGUGUCAGAAGGUGGUUCCAAUUUCAGUGUCGGCCAAAAACAAUUAGUGUGUUUAGCUAGAGCCAUUAUUCGAAACAACAAGAUUCUUAUUUUGGAUGAAGCCACUGCUAAUGUUGAUCCACAAACUGAUGCGUUUAUUCAGAACACUAUUAAAAAUAAAUUUCGAAUGUGUACCGUACUAACAAUUGCUCAUCGUUUGAAUACAGUUAUGGAUUCUGACAAGGUGCUUGUAAUGGAUGCGGGUACAAUGGUUGAAUUCGAUCAUCCAUAUAAUUUGUUGAAAAAUAAAAAUGGGUUCUUGUAUAAAAUGGUUGAACAAACUGGGCCAAUCAAUUCAGAAUUGCUACAUAAUAUAGCUUCAGAAAGCUAUAAUAGGAUGAUUUCGACAAAUAAAUAUACUGUCAAUACAUGAAAAAAAUAUUUUAUCGAUCUUCAUAUUUUCAAAAACUAAUAAUUUCUUAUUUAUCUGUGUACAACGAAACUUAUACCGUGAAUCAGAUAUUAUUUUAGCCAAGAGUGUUAUUUUCAAGAUGCAAUAGUACAUAAUUGUAUGUACCUAUUAAGUUUAGGUUAUAUAGAAAAUAUUUAUCGAAUUUAAAUUGUAAAUUUUAACA